GUCUUUAGGUACAAACCAGAUGUUAUCAAAGGGAGAUAUGGACUCUAUUCGACCUGAUGUCCUCCACUUUUAUCUAAGCUUGGGGACUAAAGUGAUAGAUGAAUCUCAUGAUCAAGAUACCACUGAUCUCGAUAAAUGCAUCUUGUAUAUCCGUGACUCUACUCUGAAUCAAGAGAGCUCCAGACUCCAGAUUCUUGCUACAGGGGCACUCGGGGGAAGAUUUGAUCACGAAGCCGGUAACCUCAACGUAUUGUAUCGUUAUCCGGACACAAGGAUAAUCCUUUUGUCUGAUGAUUGCCUCAUCCAACUCCUUCCAAAGACUCAUCGGCACGAGAUUCAAAUUCAGCCCUCUCUCCAAGGUCCUCACUGUGGUCUCAUCCCUAUGGGGACUCCAUCUGCCAAAACCACAACCACAGGGCUUCAAUGGGAUCUCACCGACACUGAGAUGAGGUUUGGUGGGUUGAUAAGUACAUCGAAUAAGGUUAAAGGGGAGAAAAUCACAGUCGAGUCGGAUUCAGAUCUCUUGUGGACGAUAUCCAUCAAGAAACCAGGCUCCACAAGCCCUUAGGCGUGGCGGUAACAACAACAACAACAAGGACACGUUGCUAUCUAUUGUUUCUACGAAAUUCUUGUUUUGUUUCCACUGUAGCAUCAAGUAGGAAUAAGACUCGUUUGUACCAUUACUCUUGUUAUCUGAAUACUUGAGAUGCCUCAUUUUACGUUUU